UUUGUUGCCAACCAACUCAGCUGAUAAAGUGGGGUCCCAAGCUUCACAAGUCGUCCAGAAGAGGCUGGCUUCAUACAUUACCCAAACGGGGACGCCCAGUUAGAUCCCCCUGCAUCUUGGUAAACGUGGAACAAAGUGCAUCAUGUGAAUACAGCCCGGAUCAUCAAAUAUCGGUUGUUGAACUGGAUUUCACGAUGGAGGACAACUCCUCCCUGGAUUCUCCGGUAUCUUCACCCGCAUCCUCUUGCACCGAUCAGCCUUCGACGUCAAGCUCCACUUGUCUGGAUCAUGGGAAGGCUGCCAAACUGACGGAUUGUGAAGAGAGCAAAGGUGCAACCAAGAGGAUGGCGUCCAAAAGACGCUUUCCAGGGGGCUACCAGACCCGAUCCAGAGCGACUCGAACCAACUCUCGAUCGGGUGGGAAUCUCUUGUUGAAGCUACGGGACCGAGAAACACAAAUCGGUCAGGAACGCGAUAAGAUGUUCCGCCGAUUACCGAUUCGAUUGAUCUUUUGCCUGAAAGAUACGGUUCCGAUCUCUGCUUUGGAGGCGGGACACAUUUUCUUGGGUUUCUCCAAAUGUGGCCAAUUCUUGCUUUCUUACACACAAACCACGGCGGAUAUCGAGCUGAUGGGUGACAUCCAUAUUAACUACCACUACCGCCUUCACUGGUGGUCGUUCAUACCGUACAAACGUGCCAAGAAGGUGGCCGAGGUGAUGCUGUUCUCGAAUCAGGGCGCCCCUGGCAAUCUCCAUCUGGCCGUUUGUCAAUGGCCCAACGAUGUGAAGAAGAUCCUGGUCUUUGCUUAUAGCUUAGGUCAUGGUGAUUGUGGCGAGGACCCCGAGAACCUGGCCAACUCGAAGUCCUGCUUCCUGACCAUCACAGCCGUACCUUCUCUUCGGGGCUGCAAGGAGUGUGUCCGUGUGGCCGGAACCUAUGAGGAAGAUGACUUGGCCGCUGCUUGGAACUCAUGUGCUCGAUUGAGUUGCCUUGAACACGGAAUGACGCUCCACACCUCAUUUGAUUUGGUGCAGCCAUACCCUAAAUUCGAGCCGAAGAUCAGUUUGAAGCGCGAUAACUACAUCCUGAUCAAUACCGGUAACUUGUUCCACUCGCUCCAUGUGACCCUGGAACGUCUCGAGAAUUCUACCGAAGAGCCGCCUAUCAUAACCCCCACCAAAACUACCCAUCACCAAACAUCACCUCCUCACAAGGCCAAGUGGUCCGAAUUGAAUAUCGGCACCUCGGAAUUCACCAUUUCCGUGGGCGGGGUAUUUUCCCCGCCCAUGUGCUCCCCGCCCAAUCGUGGAGCGGGAGCCGCUUCAGACUCCGAGAACACGGAUUACGAAUCCGAUUCCGGGACCAACGCCAAAUAUGUGAUUCAUAACCAGGAUCGAUUGGCAAAAGUGGCGGAAUUCGCCGAUCGGUGCCAACUGCCGAGACCCACCCGCCAAUUCAUACGCGCUCGAGGAGCUUUGUUCCAACUCGAGGAACAGCCAUCAUCCUACGUGUCCUCCUCGAAGAAGCGAAUGGCUGAAAAGGCCUACGAGAUCACCGAUGACGAUUUCGACGAGGGUGUCAGGGAGCAAUUCAACACGUUCCGGAAGAAGCGCUUGGCCGAGAAGAAGUACGAGUUCAAAGACGAGGAUUCUGAGAACGUCACUCCCUUGAGGCGACUUCGUUCCCAAACGAGGGCCAAUCAAGAAGAAUCCGGAGCUACAGGCACACAAGGAGGAGGAGGAGGAGGAGGUGGAGGAGCUAAUUCCCUUGAACCCGAAGGUUGCGUUCUGAGGCCGCUUCAUUCCAACCAAAAUCUCAGUCAGGAAUCUUCCACGUCCUCAAUUUGCGUGUCUACCGAUCACGAGGACGUUCCACCUGGAUUGCUCAUGGUGGAUACCAUGCCCGUGCCCGAGCUUUUGUCCCCGGGCAGUAUGGUCAAGAAGGACCAAUCCCAGCAACAUUCAGUCAUGCUCAGUCCCAGGAACUCCGAUCAAGACCCGCCCAGGUUCCAUGCCAAGUUCACGCGUCGAUUCAUCGAACAAGAUGACGAGAUGAUCUCCGUGAUCACGGACAUCGAGGACGAGGAAUUGGGUCCUAACACGGCGUCCACGAUCAAUUUCCAUUUGGUGCUUCCGUUGGAGGUUCACGGGGCCGGUUAUCAAUCCAUGGCUAUGAUAUCCAAUGCCAAAGCCGGGAAGAUCACGGGCCGAUGCAUCAAAGUCCAGCAGAGGUCCUUGGACCUCGAGAUGUUCUGCCAUUUCAUGGCUCAAAAGCUCUGCUCAGCCGCUAAUCGAAAGUAUUGGUAUUGCAAUGAUUACGACGUCGAGAUCAUUGACCUGGACUCGGAAUCGGGGGAUGUGAUCUGUGUGGCUGUGGUCUUGGUGAAGGCCACCAUUGUGACCAAGAAGGUCUCUCAACAUCAGAAAUAUUCCAUCAGCUCGUUCCAUCGUCAUCAGUAUCAGGCCACGUUCAAAUUCACGUGGAACAUCUUCACGGCGGAAUGCACCGUGAUCGAUAGCGAGCCCUUAACCGAGAUCGACGGCUACAAUAUCUAUCCUCGUGAACUGGAGAAGCCCUCUGGAGGAAGCAGUAGCGUCUGGCACCCGGCCAAGAAUAUCAGCUCGGCGUUGCAGAAGACUUGGGGCGUGUUGACCUCGAGCCAUGUCAAAUGUUUUACGAAUGAUGCCGUGAUUCGGGGCACUUCUCUGGAGACCAUAGUGGAUACUGAGCAUUUGGUGGCCAUCAUUCAGGAUAAUCUCAGUUGAAUUUGUAUUUUUAUAUACCUAGAAUUCACACACAACAGUUUUUUUAUAGCCAUCGAAUGAGGAUGAGUAAAUUAAAUCCGUAUGAUCCGAA